AUGUCUUCACUCAGUAAGCGCGAAGAAAAUGUCUACAUGGCAAAGCUCUGUGAGCAAUGCGAGCGUUAUGACGAAAUGGUCAAGGCGAUGAAGGAUGUUCUGGAAUCCGGGGCGGAUCUAACUGUCGAGGAGAGAAACUUGCUGUCUGUAGCGUACAAGAACGUGGUUGGCGCUCGUCGAAGUUCUUGGCGUGUUAUUAGUAGCAUUGAGCAGAAGCACGAUGGGGAUGCAAAAAUGCAAAUCGCCAAGAAGGUCAGAGAGGAAAUUGAGAAGGAGUUAAACUCGACUUGCAGAGAGAUCCUUGAUCUGCUGGAUAAGACACUUCUUCCUGCUGCAUCGAAUUCGGAAUCAAAAAUAUUUUUCUUGAAGAUGAAGGGAGAUUACUACCGCUACGUUGCUGAGUUCUGCACUGGUGAAGAGCGUAAACAGGCUUCCGACAACAGUCUGACGGCUUAUAAGGCUGCAACGGAGGUUGCCGAAGGUGAUAUGCAAACUACUCAUCCUAUUCGUCUCGGACUUGCUCUCAAUUUCUCCGUGUUCUACUAUGAAAUCAUGAACAACCCUAAACGAGCUUGUGAACUAGCCAGGAAGGCUUUCGAUGAUGCAGUUGCCGAGCUGGAUACUUUGCCGGAGGAAAGCUACAAAGACGCGACUCUCAUUAUGCAGCUUUUACGCGAUAACCUAACCCUGUGGAACAGCGACACUGGUGAGUAUGUAUAA